AUGUCUACUCUGUUGAAAUCCGCAAAAUCUAUUGUCCCCUUAAUGGACCGUGUCUUGGUUCAAAGAAUCAAAGCUGAAGCCAAGACAGCAUCUGGUAUCCUGUUACCAGAGAAGAACGUCGCUAAAUUGAAUCAAGCUCAAGUCUUAGCUGUCGGUCCUGGCUUUACUGAUGCCAAUGGUAACAAAGUAUUACCACAAGUGAAAGUUGGUGAUCAAGUUUUGAUCCCACAAUUCGGUGGUUCCGCUAUAAAAUUGAAAGAUGAUGAAGAAGUCGUUUUAUUUAGAGAUUCUGAAAUCUUAGCAAAGAUUAAUGACGCAUAA